AUGCAAUUAUACGAUGUUUUUGCCUUCCCUAUCGUGCGUGACCAGCUCAUCGCCAACACAAUCCUCGUUGCACUCGCCACCAUGUUGGUAAUAUUGCGUGGUGUCUCCCGACGAAUUCGGAAAAGCCAUUUAGGAUGGGAUGAUGCAUGCUGCGUCGCAGGGCUAUUUCACACAUAUGGAAUGCUCGCAAUGCAAUACCACUAUGCCCGUGUCGGGAUGCGACACCACAUCACGACUAUUCCCCCAGAUAAUGCCAUACUGAUCGCGAAAAUGCUCAUGGUUUACCAAAUCGUCUACUACAAUGCCAUGCUCCUGGCUAAAUUCUCCUAUCUCGCCUUCUACCUGCGCAUUUUUGUAUCCAGGGAAUUCCGCAUCCUGACGUGGGUCUGCAUGGGCUGUGCAGGCGCGUACUGGACUGGUAGUAUGCUCCAGAUAUUCCUGAUCUGUGCACCCUUCGAGAAGAAUUGGAACCCAACUCUGCCGGGUCAUUGUGCGAGUCAGAAUGUGGCGUUUUCGACGAUUGGUGCCUUUAACCUUCUCACCGAUGUGAUGAUCAUGGCAUUGCCAAUUCGCUUUGUCUGGAAAUUGCAGAUGUCUAUCGCGACUAAGUUGGCGUUGGUUGGAAUCUUCGGAUUGGGUAUAUUUAUUUCCUCCAUCACCAUCAUCCGCAUCCGUGUCCUCACCACGGUCGAUUUCACCGAUCUCUCUUACUCGAUGAUCUGGGCUGCCUUCUGGAGUGUCACGGAGCCUGCUCUUGCCAUUUCCAAUUCCUGCGCGCCCAUGCUCCGGCCAAUUCUCAAGGCCACUUUCCCGUCCUUGUUCUCCAGUGUCCGUGCUGCAUACUCGACACAGCCGUCGACGAAACCCGCCCUGAGUAAGAACAGUACUGCGAAACGGGCGCAUGGCAUAGAUGAGAUGGAUAGUGAAUUUCCACUCACACGAUUGGAUCAAGUACCAGGAUCGGCGGACGGAGGGUCGUUGAAUGAUCAGUCGCAGGAUGAUCGCUCGCACUAUACGUCUUAUCAAACCCCUGGGUCUGUUGUUGGGACAUCUAAAGGGUUGUAA